AAAAUUUAAAGGGGAGCCUCGGUUCCAAACCUCCCUCUACUCUGAGUCUAUGUGUACAGAUACAUUCUGCACUGAAAAAAGAGAACAGCUUCAUUCAACACCCAAAUCUUACGAAGUGGAGACAUAAUUUAGGAGGAACAGAAGCAGUACCUCUGAUUGGAGUGCCAUCCCCACAGAAGCAGCAUGAGCUCAAAGGGGGGCGGCACAGCCCUGUCCCGCCGGAACUAUCGCCUGGCCCCCGACACCGACAAGCCCAAAGUAGCAGGCAUCGUCCACGAGAAGCUGUUGAGUGACUACCUGCACCAUGUCUUCCCCCCGUCAAACAAGCACAGCGCCCCCUCUGCUGCUUUCAGGAAAAACCUCACCUUCCAGGACCUUGGGGCCCACCUGGAGAGGCUGCUGUGUGAGGGUGAGCCUGGAGAGGACACUAGAGAUCAGACAGUAGAAGGGCGGCUGGGCCCCCCCACCGUGGUCUUGGAUCACACCAGUGGCUUCGAGGGACUCCUUUUCGUAGACGACGACCUCCUGGGGGUCAUCGGCCACAGCAAUUUCAGCUCCAUCAGAGCAACUACCUGCGUGUUCAAAGGAAAGUGGGUGUACGAGGUGCUCAUCUCCUCCCAAGGGCUAAUGCAGAUCGGAUGGUGCACACUAAACUGCAGGUUCAACCAGGAGGAGGGUGUGGGCGACACGCCGGACUCGUACGCCUACGACGGGAACAGAGUGCGCAAGUGGAACGUCACGACCACUAACUACGGCAAGUCAUGGGCUGCUGGGGAUAUUGUGAGCUGCUUGAUAGACCUGGACGAAGGGACCAUAACUUUUUGCCUAAAUGGCCAGUCGCUGGGGACAGCCUUCAGUAACAUUAAGAUGGGCCCUGGCAUUGCGUACUUCCCCGCCAUCAGCCUGUCCUUCAAAGAGUCCGUGGCCUUCAACUUUGGAAGCCGCCCACUACGAUAUCCUUUACAGGCCUACAUGCCCCUGCAGAGCCCCCCCACUGCUGACCUCGCCAAGGCCCACAGGCUGCUGGGAUAUAUUAAGAAUGUACUGUCCACUUCGAUAGACACUCAGGAGGGGAAGCUGGUGCAGAAGGACAGCUCCAGCUGGCAGCUGCAUGGGGAGCCCACAGUACUGGUCACAUUGGCUCACAUCUUCAACUACUUCGCACCCCUCAUGUGUAAGGUUUACCUGGUGGAGGACGUCCUAAUGAACUUCCUGCUGGGCAUCCUGGAGGGGGGCGGCUCGGUGGACGAGCACCCCCUCAUCCAGCAGCUCCUAGACCUCUUCUGGCUGCUCAUGGAGGACUACGAGGUGAACGAGUGCCUGAAGCAGCUGAUGAUGUCACUACUGAGAGCCUACAGGUUCUCCCCCAUCAUCCCUGACUUGGGCUUCCAGAUCCAUUACCUGCGCUUGACGACCGCCAUCCUUCGGCACGAGAAGUCCAGGAAGUACCUCCUCAGCAAUGUCUUGUUUGAUGUGCUGCGCUCGGUGGUCUUCUUCUACAUCAAGACCCCCCUGCGGGUAAAGGAGGCGGGGCUGGAGGAGCUCAUCCCCACCACCUGGUGGCCCACGCGCUUCGACAAGGAGGGGCGGGAUGAGAGUGAGCAGAAGGAGGAGAGCGGGGAGGAGAGGCUGAGGAGGCGCGCCUAUGAGAGAGGCUGCCAGAGGCUGAAGAAGAGGAUAGAAGUUGUGGAGGAGCUGCAGGUUCAAAUCCUCAGGCUGAUGCUCAACAACAAGGACAAAGGGACGGGGGGGGAAGCUUCGCGGUACAUAUUCCUGAAUAAAUUCCGCAAGUUCCUUCAGGAGAAUGCUAGCAACAGAGGGGUAAGGCCUGGGCUCUGCUGCCUGUUUGCUCGCACGCUGUCAGCCGUCCGCGGGUACUGGGACGAGGGCAGGAGGAAGAGUGUGGGCUGCGUCAGCAGUGAAGAGGCCUACGUCCCUCCCCAGCUCUUCUACAACGGAAAGGUGGAUUACUUUGAUCUCCAGCGUCUGGGGGGGCUCCUCUCUCACCUCAAGAAAACCCUGAAAGAUGACCUUGCCUCUAAAGCCAACAUCAUUGUUGAUCCGUCUGAGAUCCAGGCCACUUCCAUGGACGACCUGGACGAGGACGAGGAAGUUGGAGGAGCCCAGAGGCCUUUCGGGGCGGCGGCCAUGGGCGGGGCCUGCGUCGGCCUCACUGGCUCACUCCCAACCCGGGGGGAGGGCCACCGCUUCCUCAGCAGCCGCGUCCUCAGUCCUCAUGACCCCCGCAGCGGCCCUGGCUUCCGCCCGAAAAGGUGCAAAUGCACGCUGGCCUGACUAGGUACCGAGGAGCGCUUGUUCGAGGGAAGCCAUGGUAACGAUGGGCUGUUGCUGGGGCGACCACUGGAAGAACCCGACCAGCCAAUCACGGAGAAGUCCUUGUUGGAGAUUCUGGAUGGCAUUGUGAUGAUGUACAACCUGAGCGUCCAUCAGCAGCUGGGCAAGAUGGUUGUGGUGUCCGAUGAUGUCCAUGAAUAUGCUGUAGCUCUGAAGGACACGGAAGAGAAGAUAACCCGCUGUCCAGAAAGGAGGCCAGACAUCCUGGAGGAGCUGCAGAAGAGCCAGAAGGUUUUCGCAGAGAAGCUGAACCACCUGAGCCGCAGGCUGGCCUGGAUCAACGCCACCAUCUACUCCAAGGAGAAGAUGCUGGACGUGUACUGGCUGCUGCGGGUGUGCAUCCGCACCAUCGAGCACGCGGACAACACCGGCUCCCUCUUCGCCUUCACCCCCGAGUUCUACCUCAACGUGGCCAUGAACAGCUACAGCGCGCUCAAGAACUACUUCAGCCCCUCCAACAGCAUGGACGAGCUUCCAGGUUACGAGGACACGCUCACCCAGCUGGCCGCCAUCCUGGCCAAGCACUUUGCAGACCCCCGUAUCGUGGGGACAGACAUCAAAGACUCCCUGAUGCAGGCUUUGGCCAGUUAUGUAUGUUACCCACAAUCCCUCAGGGCGGUGGAGAGGAUCCCAGAGGAACAACGAGUGGCCAUGAUGCGGAACCUCCUGGCCCCCUACGAGCAGCGGCCCUGGGCUCAGACUAACUGGAUCCUGGUUCGGCUCUGGAGGGGCUGUGGGUUUGGGUACAGGUACACGCGGCUGCCCCACCUGCUCAAAACCAAACCCGAAGACGCCAACUUGCCCAGCCUACAGAGAGAUUUGUCUGUUGCUAGUUUCCAAAAGCCCUGCCCCUCCCAUCUGCUCCAGAGGCACAUGGCGCAUUUGCUGAGCCAGGAUAAGGACAUGGCCGCCAGCUUCCUCAACAGCGUCCUUAACCAGCUCAACUGGGCCUUCUCCGAGUUCAUCGGCAUGAUCCAGGAGAUCCAGCAGGCGGCAGAGCGGCCGGAGAGGAACUUCGUGGACACGCGGCAGCUGAAGGUGUGCGCCACCUGCUUUGACCUGUCGGUCAGCCUGCUGCGCGUGCUGGAGAUGACCGUUACCCUGGUGCCCGAGAUCUUCCUGGACUGGACACGCCCCUCCGCCGAGCUGCUGCUCCGCCGAUUGGCUCAGCUUCUCAAUCAGGUGCUGAAUCGCGUGACCGCAGAGAGGAACCUGUUCGACCGCGUGGUCAACCUUCGCCUCCCAGGGCUGGAGAGCGUGGAUCAUUACCCUAUCCUAGUGGCCGUCACGGGGAUCCUGGUACAAAUCCUGGUGGACUCUGAUAGGCAGGGGGUGUCCAGAGCGGCUGCUGUCCUGCUGUCUGAUCCCUGCUUCCAGCUCCACUCCAUCCAGCACCUCCUGGGAGAGAACGAGCCUCCAGCCACUGGACCCGCCCCUCCGCCCCCUGCUGACCGAAAACACUUCUCCCUACAUGCCUACACUGAUUACAUCAGCACUGAUGAGGAGAGGAAGGUGGAGCAGAUGCUGACCUUCCUGACAGAGCAGUCCAAGGAAGCAGCAGCCAGCGCAGCGCCCACCAGCGAAGAGGACCUGUGCCCCAUCUGCUAUGCACAUCCCAUCUCUGCCGUCUUCAAGCCCUGCUCCCACAAGUCCUGCAAAGCCUGUAUCAACCAGCACCUAAUGAACAACAAAGACUGCUUCUUCUGCAAGGCCACCAUUACUGGUGUGGAGGACUACAGCAAACCUGCCUCAUCUUAGCACCUCUCCCAGAGGGUACCCCGAACUGGGGAGACUGAACACCAACUCAACAGCACCUCACACACACAUACACACACACACACACACACUAUCAGACACGGACACACAUACCGGUACACAUCACAAAAAUGCAGAGGCACUCUCUCUGACACACUCAUGUACAUGCAUACAGACACACACACACAGUGACCCCACACUCACUCUGUAUUUUGCUCUACACUCCCCAAGUGCUGUCUCUGUCAGGAGCCCGUGUGUGUGUGUGUGUGUGUGUGUGUGUGUGUGUGUGUGUGAGAGCGCAUGUGCAUGUGUGUGUGUGUGUGACAGUACACUACCAGUCCAUCAAGGGUACGGCACCCUUUGGUACCUGUCAUCACUACAUCUUACACCGCGAGGAACUGAAGGGAGAACAGAAAAAAGUGAAAAGUGUUUUGUUGAGAUUGCCUGUGGGUGACCCAGUGUUAGGUGCCUGACGUAGAGUAAUUGGCAGUAAUAGCCAGCUUUUUAUAUGUGAACAAGAGAGGGAGAGCCAUGUCUUCACAGCACAUUUCAUGAACACAAAGAGAGAAAAUGAGAGAGAGAGAGAGAGAAAGAUGCUCAGCUUGCAGGAGUGAUGGAGGAGAGGCAGGGGGCAACAGCAGACCCCAUUAUCCAUCAUACGGGCCCCCCAGCCAACACCCCCCCGCACACCUCUCCCUCUGAUCACUCUUUUCAAUUAGUCUCUCCUCACACAUCGGUCAUUGCCCUGUCCAAUUAUUUCACGGCCAUUUGUCACAGACGUAUGUUGAAAUAUCCAGGACCACUGCUGAGUUUCUCCCUUUUUUCCUCUGCUAGCUUUAACGGCACUGUCUUCAUGCAUUCUGUUUUUCCUUGUGAAACUGCGGAUUGAGGCUCAUGCAGUCGGGGGAGGGAGGACACAACAGCAGUGUAAUGGGAGAUGUUUGGAGGGUGUCGGUUCUAUUUCAUUUCAGUUCCGUCCAAUAACUACGCUCAGGAAAGAUCCGCAGUCAUUGGUGAAAAUCAGGCUAGAAGAUUCAAAUGUUUCGCCAUAUUGCCUUCUGCGGUGCAGUGGUGUUAGUGCUGGGGGGGGUGUUAGCCGUACAGCUAACGCUACAGCAACGGCAUCAUAACGCUACAGCAUCACCGCAGUUGUCCAAGCUAAGAGGGAGGAUCCAACCUACUUGAAAAUCCAAUUUUCAAGUAGGCUUAACGUGACUCAAAAAAAAUGUUCCAUGGGGAUUUGUAUUUAUUCAAUUUUUUCUAAUUGAUUUAUUUAGUUUCUAUGACUGAACUAAAGUGAAAUUGACCCCUGACCCUGUGGGAGAUGUGGCGCUGGGUUUUCCCUGGGCCCAAACGCAUGUUAGCUUUGUCGCUCGCGCUCUCGCUAGCAUGCUUCGCGCGCGGCCCGUCCCUAUCCUCGAUGCCGCUGCAGUCGCCGUGAGUUACGCGCCUCCUUAAACUCCGCUUUCACGGCUCCCCUCGAGCCGUCGCCGCGUCCGUCAUGGUCUGGGGCGAGUGCGUCCGAUUUACUGAUGAGAAACGUCUCUCACCCUGCCUUCCCAGCGAGCAAACUGCUUUUAGGCUUAUUCCAGGCUGUCCAUGUAAUUGGCGGGAAUAUUCUUAUGUGGCUGCAUGAUGUCUGUUGCCGCCGGUGGGGGAGGGGGAUUGGGCUGGGCU